AUGUCAUUCAAUCCUGUGUGGGAGCUCGUUGAACCGUACCUAAUUCAAUCUGGUUUAUAUCGAGUUCCUGAUCCGACAUACGGAAGAUAUACUCUCCCAGCUCAUCCACCUCAUUUACCUCUGAUUGACGAUCCGGAUGUGACAUCAAAGUAUAGGCGAAUAUUCUUGCCACCAUACAGCGAUUUCAGAACAUAUAACGAAGCAUACGAUUCUACCAAGAUCAUCCAUGCUGAAGAUGUACAAUUGACCACAGAAGAGAUUAUAUCCGGUGUCAAAAGAGGUGGAAGAUGGGUUUGUUAUAGUACUUGGGAAAUCAGGGAUGAGCCUGAAAGUGGGUGGGAAGCUGGAGGUAGAGGAAGGGGGAAAGAUAUCGUGGUAGUUCAUGGACUUGGGGAUUACGGAUUGAGGUAUACACCUCAUGUUCAUCACUUCCUCAAAGCUGGAUUCAGAGUGAUGAUACCCGAUUUACCAUCUCAAGAUUUACUUCAAGGGAAAGAUCAGAGGAAAGUAUUCCUUUGCGGAGCAUCGAUGGGAGGAUGGACUGUUCUGUACUAUCUAUUGAAAUACCCUCCAACGUCUUCUUCCUCUCACGUUGCUUCUCAAGUGUCUGCAAGCGAUAACUCAUUACCGCCUGAAGGUUCCGGGAAAGGUUAUCAUAACCUCGAGCGCCCAAGUGAAGAAGAAAAAGCACGAAUACAUGUCGCUGGAGCUUAUGUACUCUGUCCCAUGGUUGAAGUCUCAAAGGAAUCCAGACCAUCAAAAUUGAUCGAAAACAUCGGUCGCGUCAUAAAAUCCGUUGCAGGCCCUUUACCCUUUGCCAAAGGUGUGAGGGGUAAUGUAUCCGAUGAUCCACGAGUAGAAGAAGACUUUGAUUCUGAUCGAGAGAUCAAUGUUCCCAUCAGAUUGGUGCAUGGCAAUAAAGAUAGAGCAACAACUCAUAUUGGAACUCUGAAAUUGUUUGAUCGACUGCCUAACGAAGAUAAAGAGAUUGAGAUAUUUGACGGAUACGAACAUGUCAUGCUCAAAGUUGGAAUAGACGCCAAGGAUGAUGAGAAGAGACAGAGAGUGCUCGCAGAUUGGAGGUCAUGGCUGUUACAGCGAUGUUAA